CUUCCAACGCGCUCCACCAGCCCCGGGGUUCAGAGCAGCAGACACAUAAACCCAGGCAGGAAGAGCCUCUUUAAUCUCUGCCAAAAGCUGACAUUUCACUAACGGGAGAUUUUAGAAUCAGAAUUCUAAAGCCAUUAAAUUACAGAGACUUUUCCUCUCUUUAAAAAUACUUUUCCUUUUUUUUUUAAGUACCCUCCCCCCUUUAAAAUUAUGAAUGCGGCCACUCUGUUCAAGAUAAAGACUUGGAGGGAAUUUGGAAAAGAAAAAGGAUCUGGAAGAAGAAACACGGCUGGUGCUUCCGAAGGCGCCUAGUUUUAAGAAGGUACCUAAGAGGACUGCGCUAGAUGUCUAGGUGAGAGAUGGACACCUGGUCUCGGCAAGAUGCUAGGGGGAAGUCACAGGGAAAUCCGCAGGGUUGUGGAUUCUAGGACGGAGGGUGCCAGGAGUCCUUAGUUGGCAUCUCCGAGCUGUGCUUUCUGGAGUCUGGAGCAGAGGCGGGGACCCAGGGAUCCUUCUAGUGAGGUUCAGGAUAGGUGCUCUGGCUGGUGGACUAUUCUGGACCGUAGGAGGCAAACUGCGCGCCUUAGUGCGGCUACUGGUCUUGGUGCGGCUCUAAUCCGAGCGGGAAGCAAGUAGGUUCCAGGUACCGCGGUGCGCGGAGCAGAGCUUGGUGUGGGGCUUUCUGGGCUCCUGGGGCCGGGGCGUGGUGUGCUUGCGGAGCAGGAUCCGACCGAGAGAAGAGAAGGCAGGGCGGGGCGGAGCAGUUAUUGGCCAAGCGCUGGAAGAAGGGUCGUGCUCCGAGGUGUCCUCCUCCCGCUAGCUCCCGCCUGCCUCAUUUUCUCUAAGCAGAACAACUUCUCCGACAGCGGUACUAGCCCGUCAUGGACGUUCCAGGUCCGCAGGUGCCUUCCUUCUGAGAAUCAUUUGGCCUUGACCACCUGAGGUGAGCACCCAGCCGAGAGAAGACUACUACUCUACUCCUGCGCGUUCCUGUUCGCACCCAGACAGCUCCCCGGCUUCUGCCGGCCUUGACGUUCAUAGGGCGCCCCCCAGCCCAGAUGCCCGCGCCUGGCCAGGGCCCCAGAGGGCGGCUGCUGAGCAUGCCCGGUCGCCGGGGGGCGCUGCGUGAGCGGGCCGAUUUUGGCUCCAGUCUGGGGGCGGCGCUGGCCCUGCUGUUGCUGCUGCUGCCCGCCUGCUGCCCGGUAACGGCUCAGAACGACACGGAGCCCAUCGUGCUAGAGGGCAAGUGCCUGGUAGUGUGCGAUUCCAGUCCAUCUGGGGAUGGCGCCGUCACUUCUUCCCUGGGCAUUUCUGUGCGCUCAGGCAGUGCCAAGGUGGCCUUCUCUGCUACUCGGAGCACCAACCACGAGCCGUCAGAGAUGAGCAACCGUACCAUGACCAUCUACUUCGACCAGGUCUUAGUAAACAUUGGCAACCACUUUGACCUUGCCUCCAGUAUAUUUGUAGCACCAAGAAAGGGAAUUUAUAGCUUCAGCUUCCACGUGGUCAAAGUAUACAACAGACAAACUAUCCAGGUUAGUUUAAUGCAGAAUGGCUACCCGGUGAUCUCUGCAUUUGCGGGAGACCAGGAUGUUACCAGGGAAGCAGCCAGCAAUGGUGUCCUGCUGCUCAUGGAAAGAGAAGACAAAGUUCAUCUCAAACUGGAGAGAGGCAACCUCAUGGGAGGCUGGAAAUACUCCACAUUCUCGGGCUUCUUGGUUUUUCCUCUAUAGACUCAGAGCCACCAGGAUGGUGGGAAGGUUUUGAUCAGGACCCAGGGAUCUGCCCCCUGUAACACCUUGAACUUGUCUGGAUAGGAUGGCUUGGGCCCACCUCCAUCAGAUUAUUGCCAUAGAAGAAUGAGUUUCUUCUAAAGCUCCAGUAUUUUCUUUGACUAUUGACAAUUCCUCGGGAACCUGGCCUCUAAUUAGUUUUAGAAGACAAGGUCUUAAGGAGAAAUGAAAUUAUCAAUUUGAGCAAUUUGUACCUGUGAUUGUAAAGUCGAUAUCGGAUUUUAUUGUUGGAACCAUUGACUUAACUUCUCUUGUUUGUACGUUGUAUCUUGUCCUGAUGACAUAGAUGCUGCUGACCCUCAGAUGGAUUGCACGCUUCAGUCAGGGCUUAAAGCAAGAGCCCAGCAAAGAACCACCUACCAGACAGUCUUUGACCUGUGUUCUGUGUGUGUGUAGCCUUAAGAAAAAGAAUGGCUUCAUUUUCAUUCUGUAGCUUUUCCCUAGGGUCUUUGGGGGUAUUGGGAGGGAGCUGGGCAUUGGGAACUUGUCGAAAGUGCUUUAUCCUGAGAAGCAAAUUUUGCACGAUUGGACUGCAGCUUUUGUUUUGUACCAUCCAUGAUUUUCUGUUUUCCUCUGGAAGCUUUCUUUUCCUUCCUCAGGUUUCACUCCUCAAAGCUACUUAGUUUUAAUGCCGGGGUCUCAGAGAGAAAACAACAAAACUUAUGUCCAGACCUUUUGUAUGAGAUCAAACAAAACAAAAGAAAAUCUGCAUACUUUGUUUUGGAAAAAGGAAACCAGGAAAAAAGUCAAUAAUUCAAAGUAAGGGCAACAAAUAGAACAUUCUGCAUAUUCUUCCUCGGAGUCUCUCUCAAUGCAUCUUCAAACUUGCAAUGUGGAUUUUAUUUUAUUUUAUUUUAUUUUUUUAAUUUAUACUCUGGGAUCCCUUAGUAACCUGGCAUUGCUCAUUGCUCAUGAAUCCCUUAACAAUGGCGGAGCUCAUGUGACCUAUUCCCCCCUAUGCUCUUCCUCUGGAUAUGUCUCAGUAGUGAGUUAGAUCUGCUUCUGAGUGGCCACGCAAUUACAAGAUGCUUCAAAGAAACAGGACCAGUGCCUCUUCCUGGAGAUCUUCCUUUGAUCUGUCAAGGAGAGGGUUGUGUUGACUGACUGAUGCUCUGUGGAUGAACAUCUGGCCAGAAGCCACCUGGACUGGAAAUCUCAGCAGUUAAAGGUACUGGCUGCUGUACCCUAUGGGUGGUUUUUCAAACCCUGCUUCUUUUGGCAUCUUGUGCAACAACACAAUUAAGUUGCAAUUGAGAGACCUGGUGCAGUAUUUGUGUGCCAAGGAAAUGUCACUAAUCCCAAAGCAAUCAAAGAUGUGACCUCAAACUGGAUGUUAAUUUGUCCUUUGUGUAACAAUGUAACCAAAAUAUUGCUGAUAAAGCUCAUAAUUUAAGAUUCAGAAUAAAAGGAUUUGAUGUCUGUC